AUGUCAGUCACCUCAUUCCUCCGUCGAUUCUCAAUUGAUGUCGAGAAUGCUGGUGGUUCCUCAUCAUCUCCUGCACCUGGCUCUGCGAGUAGUAGUGGUCCAACGAAACGACGUGGAAGAAUAGCUGCUUCAAUCGAUUCGGCUCGUCGUCGAUUCUCACUUCAACAUGGAUCUGGAACAGGUCGAGAUCAGGAUCCCGUUCAUUUACAGUCGAUUGCAUUACGUGGAAGAGGGAAAGGAGAGAACGGAAGUUUGCCGGAUUUGAUGGAGAAACGGGAAACGCCACCAACACAGAAUACGGGAGCAUCUACGACGAAACGUGUUUCUGUGAUCGCAACUGACAGAGAUCGAGCAUAUUUUCUGCGACAGAAGAAUAUGAGAAGUAACAAGAAUAGUGCGGAUAAGGUUAGUUGGUUUUUAUUUGGAUUCAAGAUAUCGUAA